AUGCGUCAUUCACUCUUCUUCGGUGUUUCCCUGGCCAUCGGCCUCGACGUCGUCCAGGCCAACACCGAGAAGGUCAUAUUCCUUGGACCCGAGACCGUCAACGUCCCGACAACACCGCCGACGCUCCAAGAUCUCCGCUUAGACGUCCUCACGCCGGACGACUGGUCCAAGAGGGUCGAUCUUCGAGCCUCAUUCCCGACCAAAGAGACUCCCUCGGGCACGGCAACAUGGGUGCUGCUCACAAAUCUCACAAAAGACCAGCGGUAUGAGCUGAGAGUGUGCUGGGCGGCAACUCAACCGACGGCGUUCUCACUCGACGUAUUUGAGCUGCCCGUCGUGUGGGAUACCCCCGAGUUGAUCACCUCGCUCGCUACCUAUGCCUUUUCUCGCCAACCGGAUUCGGAGUCUGGCGAUGCUGAGAAAACACCGUGGACAGUCGGCCAGGAGCACGAAGCCUCACUUCUGUUCCUCCGCGUGUUGGCAGCGGCAGAUUAUUACACGGACAACGCCACGCUCAUGGCCAACGUCGAGCCCGUCAGAGCCGACCUCAUACUCGAUCCGUUUCUCCUCAACGCUUUGCCGAGGUCACUACUUCCAACCGUCGGCUACAUCAUUGCUGUUGCGGUUAUGGCAUGGUUUCUAUCUAGGCUCAUUCUUGGGUGGAUUCAACCUGUGCUCGCCGCUGAAGGCAAGGCUGCAGAGAAAAAGAGGAUAUAA